GACACUGCUGAGUGAGAUCCACUGACUUAUAUUAGCAAAGAAAGAGAGAGCAGCACUGAUCUGUGAAUUCAUUAAAUGAUCUCAAGAUAUAAUAGACAGAAAUAAGAAGCGGAAAUUUUCAACUUAAACCAUCAUCUUGUUUUUCUUCUACUUUCAGCAGAAAAUACGCAUCAUGAAGCUGCGAGUUCGGAUCAACAGGCAGACCAGCCGGGUGGAGUUACUUGGAGAAGAUCCCAGUUUGAAAGAGCUCAGAGAUCACAUCCAGGAGAUGCUGUUGUCCUCACAUGGACUCAGUUCAGACACAGAGUUUGGUUUGUCUCUGAACGGCUCCAAGCUGCUCACGGACACUGCUCAGACUUUGGCGUCCUGCGGCAUCGUGUCCGGAGAUUUGAUCUGUGUCCAUCUGCCUCAGUCUGAAGCCACAGCUGCCGCCGGUUCAACCAGCUCAGCCUCGUCUACAAGCUCCACCUACACGGCAGCCAAGAGCUCUGCAAACCAGAGGCAAAGCCAGCAGACCCCCAUCAUGGCCUCCACUCAGCCGAGCAGCAGCAGCAGUGUCAGUGGGGCUGCCGGUCCUGCAGUCCUUUCAGAGUCCCAGCCGUCCUGUGAGAUGCUGGACUCUGAAUCUUCAGCCACCAUCUGGGAGCCAAUGCUGUGCGGUGAGGCCGAGGAAGGUCAGGCACCACUCUCUCUGGAGCUCCUGUACCACACGGCCCAGCCAACAAGUCCCAAUGAUGCCAUCAUGGUGGCCGGACAUCUCCUGAUGCUCGAGACUGGGUUCAUUGCUCAGGGCACCGAGCUGAAGCCCGGUGAGAUGCCUGCUGGAUGGAGGUGUGCAGGUGGAGUCUACAAGCUGCAGUACACUCAUCCUCUGUGUGAGAGCAGCCUGGCCUCGGUGGUGGCUGUGUGCAUGGGCCCAAUGCUCGUCAUGAACACGACUCUGAAGGUUACAGAAACGGUCGACACUGUCCGCAAACUGUGUCUGAAUGCAUCCAGCUACGUGACCAACGAGUGGCCAGGAGGAAGUGCUGCAGCAGCAUUUAAAGACCUCAGCAAACUGUCCCGACUCUUCAAAGACCAGCUGGCGUACCCACUGAUCGCCACCGCCAGAGAAGCGAUGGCCCUCCCCGUGGCGUUCGGUCUGCCUGCUCUUCCUCCGGAGCUGCUCCUCAGAGUCCUCCGCCUGCUCGACGUUCGCUCUGUGGUCAGACUGUCGGCGGUAAGCCGGCACUUCAACGUCGCCACAGCAGACUCGUCGCUGUGGAGACAUCUGUACCGCCGCGACUUCGCAGAUUCAGGCUCAGGCAGAUCCAGAGACACAGACUGGAAAGAGCUCUACAAAAAGUCGUACAAGUUUCGCUCUGAACUUCGAAACGCUGCCCCGACUCGCCCCCGCCCCCUCCUGCCUUUCCAUCCAGGAGACAUCUUCCACCCCAUCCCCUACCCUCACUUCCCCCCGGUGCCGGGCAUCAUCGGUGGGGAAUACGAUCAGCGACCAAACCUGCCCCACGGCCUACUCCCCCGCCCCCGCUACGACCCCAUAGGCCCGCUCGCAGACCCGCACAGACGACCUCGCCACGACUUCCACAGAAUCCGACCAACGGGAGGGCGACCUUCAGACAUCCGACGAGGAUUCAUCUGAUCACUCCGUCACUGAUCACAUAUCAAUGACACAACUUCCUGUUUGACUCCGGGUUGACAAAAAUUCAUUUUCACAAUAAAAUCAGAA